GCUUCCUGAUCUCCAAGUGCUGCUUCCCCGUCUUCAAAGCCAAGACUGGCAAAGCCAAGCGGGUCCGGACCAUCUUCACCAGCGACCAGCUGGCCCGGCUGGAGAAGGAGUUUGCGCGACAGCAGUACAUGGUGGGCACGGAGAGGUGUCUGCUCGCCUCCUCCCUGCACCUCACUGAAGAGCAGGUCAAAGUCUGGUUCCAAAACCGGAGGAUCAAGUGGAGGAAACAAAGUCUGGAACAGCAACAAGCCAAACUGGCCAAAAUGGGGUUAACCACCUCCCAGAGGAGCCCCGACUCACAGAGCCACCAUG